GAACAGCGGAAGCGUCUGUUUCAUCCUUUGCACAAGGGUGCAGUGCACCAAUUCAGGGUGAGAAUCUGGAAUUGGACCGCGUCACAGUGGGGUUCAACCAGAGCACUGGGGAGCGCUUUGUGUUAGAGGAUCGUUGGACGGUAAUGGAGAUGACCAUCCUGAUCGAGUUCGAGGUGAUCCUUCUGAACAUGUUGGAGGUGAUCCUCCUGAACAAGUUUGAGGUGAUCUUUCUAAACAAGUUCGAGCUGAUCCCUAUG